CGGAGCCCCGGAGCCAUGGCCCUGAGCGAGCUGGCGCUGGUCCGCUGGCUGCAGGAGAGCCGACGCUCACGGAAGCUCAUCCUGUUCAUCGUGUUCCUGGCGCUGCUGCUGGACAACAUGCUGCUCACUGUCGUGGUCCCCAUCAUCCCAAGUUAUCUGUACAGCAUUAAGCACGAGAAGAAUGCUACAGAAAUCCAGACGGCCAGGCCAGUGCACACGGCCUCCAUCUCAGAGAGCUUCCAAAGCAUCUUCUCCUAUUAUGAUAACUCGACCAUGGUCACCGGGAAUGCUACCAGAGACCUGCCGCUUCAUCAGACCGUCACACAGCACAUGGUGACCAACGUGUCCGCCGUUCCUUCCGACUGUCCCAGUGAAGACAAAGACCUCCUGAAUGAAAAUGUGCAAGUUGGUCUGUUGUUUGCCUCGAAAGCCACCGUCCAGCUCAUCACCAAUCCUUUCAUAGGAUUGCUGACCAACAGAAUUGGCUAUCCAAUUCCCAUAUUUGCGGGAUUCUGCAUCAUGUUUGUCUCAACAAUUAUGUUUGCCUUCUCCAGCAGCUAUGCCUUCCUGCUGAUUGCCAGGUCGCUGCAGGGCAUCGGCUCGUCCUGCUCCUCUGUGGCUGGGAUGGGCAUGCUUGCCAGCGUCUACACAGAUGAUGAAGAGAGAGGCAACGUCAUGGGAAUCGCCUUGGGAGGCCUGGCCAUGGGGGUCUUAGUGGGCCCCCCCUUCGGGAGUGUGCUGUAUGAGUUUGUGGGGAAGACGGCUCCAUUCCUGGUGCUGGCCGCCCUGGUGCUCUUGGAUGGAGCUAUUCAGCUCUUUGUGCUCCAGCCGUCCCGGGUGCAGCCAGAGAGUCAGAAAGGGACACCCCUAACCACGCUGCUGAAGGACCCGUACAUCCUCAUUGCUGCAGGCUCCAUCUGCUUUGCAAACAUGGGCAUCGCCAUGCUGGAGCCGGCCCUGCCCAUCUGGAUGAUGGAGACCAUGUGUUCCCGAAAGUGGCAGCUGGGCGUUGCUUUCUUGCCAGCUAGUAUCUCUUAUCUCAUUGGAACCAAUAUUUUUGGGAUACUUGCACACAAAAUGGGGAGGUGGCUUUGUGCUCUUCUGGGAAUGAUAAUUGUUGGAGUCAGCAUUUUAUGUAUUCCAUUUGCAAAAAACAUUUAUGGACUCAUAGCUCCGAACUUUGGAGUUGGUUUUGCAAUUGGAAUGGUGGAUUCGUCAAUGAUGCCCAUCAUGGGCUACCUCGUAGACCUGCGGCACGUGUCCGUCUAUGGGAGUGUUUACGCCAUUGCAGAUGUGGCAUUUUGUAUGGGGUAUGCUAUAGGUCCUUCUGCUGGUGGUGCUAUUGCAAAGGCAAUUGGAUUUCCAUGGCUCAUGACAAUUAUUGGGAUAAUUGAUAUUCUUUUUGCCCCUCUCUGCUUUUUUCUUCGAAGUCCACCUGCCAAAGAAGAAAAAAUGGCUAUUCUCAUGGAUCACAACUGCCCCAUUAAAACAAAAAUGUACACUCAGAAUAAUAUCCAGUCAUAUCCGAUAGGUGACGAUGAAGAAUCUGAAAGUGACUGAGACCCUCAAAAAUCAUCAAAGUGUUUAAUUGUAUAAAACAGUAUUUCCAGUGGCAUGACUCAUCCAGAACUGUCUUAGUCAUACCAUCCAUCCCUGGUGAAAGAGUAAAACCAAAGGUUAUUAUUUCUUUUCCAUGGUUAUGGUCGAUUGCCAACAGCCUUAUAAAGAAAAAGCUUUUCUAGGGGUUUGUAUAAA